AUGAGUCACCUGACUUCGCGCAACGGCACGCGUGAGCCGUGCACGCCUCCGGGUCAGGCAGACUGUGAUUCACAGCCAGAGGACAAUAUGCCCAAAGCCGAUCUUUCAGAUUUUGAACAACAGCGAUUGGCAAACAUUGCUGAGCGUGAUGCUCUCUUGAAACAGUUAAAGAUUGAGUCAUCCGCAGGCAUUCUGACACCGAAAGCUACGACAAGUAGCGCAUCCAAGUCUAAAAAGCGAGCGACGCCCAAGACAGUAACGCCGAAACAGGAGGUCAAUACACCACGUCGGACGUCGUCGCGACUCAAAGGAAUUGCAGCCGAGAGCGAAGUCGCAAAGCGCAAGGCCGAUGAUGAGUUCGACGCCAUGCGCGAGGCUGAUCGCCUCAAGCGCAUGCGACGCAACGACUCUUACACUCAGGCCGAUAUGUUUGUCGCGGGCCAGAAGCUCAGCAACGAUAGCCUCAUCGGGGUGGACGUGAUUACGAAAGGCGUCGCACAGCCCUAUCAGAGAACGUUCGGUGAUGAUGAUAUCGAUCAAACCUCCGACAAGGACUUGAAGGCCAUCCGUGAAGAGAUGAGUGGGUUGUCUCUGUGGGAAGCAUGGGAUCCUCAGCGGAUCAAAAUCACACCCGAGCGUGUUUACGCCAUGACGUUCCACCCCUCGGAAACAAAACCGAUUGUAUUUGCCGGUGACAAAAUGGGUCAUCUUGGAAUGCUAGACGCUUCGCAGGAAAAGCUCAAAGUUGAGGACGAUGACGAGGAUGCGGAGGACCCCGACCCCGUCCUGACCACACUGAAGCCCCAUACACGGACAAUCAGUGCUAUGACGGUGAAUCCCUCCAAGCCCACCCAUCUGUAUACGGCAAGUUAUGACAGCUCAAUUCGUUCGCUCGAUCUUGAGAAGAUGGUGUCAUCUGAGGCAUAUGCCCCUCAAUCGACUAACGUCGACGAGGCGAUUUCCGGGGUGGACAUGGCCCCAGAUGACCCUAACGUUCUUUACUGGUCUACUCUAUCUGGUGAAUUCGGGAAAUACGACAUGCGCACCCCGAUGGAAGAAGCAAACGUUUCGCAAUGGCAGUUAUCUGAGAAGAAGAUUGGUGGGUUUAGUUUAUGCCCCUCAACGCCUCAUUACUUUGCGACGGCAAGCCUUGACAGGUUCAUGAGACUGUGGGAUAUACGCAAGCUGUCUCAGGAAGAGCCUGUUCCCGUUGCCGAGCACGAGAGUAGACUUUCUGUCUCACACGCUGCUUUCAAUGCUGCCGGCCAGAUCGCCACGUCUUCUUAUGAUGAUACUUUAAAGAUCUACAAUGUCGGUGCUAAGGGCAUGUCUUCCUGGAAGGCAGGGCAUACUCUGUCCGACUUUACCCCCUCUGACGUCGUGCGCCAUAACUGUCAGACUGGUCGUUGGGUUACUAUUCUUCGUCCACAAUGGCAGCUCAACCCGCAAUCACCUAUUCAGCGCUUCUGCAUCGGCAACAUGAACCGUUUUGUCGAUGUGUAUAGCGGGAGCGGUGAUCAGCUCGCCCAGCUUGGUGGUGAUGGGAUCACUGCUGUUCCUGCUGUUGCAGUCUUCCAUCGCAGUAAGAACUGGGUUGCUGGAGGCACUGCCAGCGGCAAACUCUGUCUCUGGCAAUAA